UUUAGAUGGACUGCGAGUAGUGGAGUAAAACUAGAUCGGUCUCUGUAUCUCCCAGCUGUUAAAAGUAAAAGGAUGAAUGAGAAUAUUCUUUGAACCUCGGGAGCUUUCUACAAGUUCCCUGGUGACUGGAUGAAACGAAGCUAAAUUAUUGACAAAAGACAUGGAACCAUCAUCCCCUGGCACCACACCUACCCCAAAGCUUGUUCCGUCCCCCCCGCCAGCCUCCACACCUACCCCCAGGUCUACCCCUGCCAGCCCUACCACACCUCUGCCUCAGUCCACUACCCCUUCCUCAAUCCCUCCAGUCUCCCCCUCCUCCCCCUCUCGCCCCGCUUCUGCCUCGCUCUCGCCCCCCUCACCCGCACUCUCCAGCCCCUCUGCUUCCCCCCCGCCCCAGCCCGCCAGACCAGGGCCCCAGGGGGGGCGAUCGCGGCUCAAUGCCUCCCCCGGAGAUGCCCCCAGAGAUGCCCAGCCCAGGCCCCCCCCAGCCCCCCACACGGCCCAGCCCACCAGCUGAACCAGAGGAGCCAGAAGAGGAACUAAGUAUACAUGAUCUGGAGGAGAGAGCCAAGUCUGGAGAUGCCAAAGCACAAACCCGGAUGGCACGGUACCACCUUGCCCUGGCUGAGGAGGGGGAUGAGGAGCUGAACCACUGCACUGCGGUCACCUGGCUGGUCCAGGCCAGCAAACAGGGACGCAAGGAUGCUGUCAAGCUGCUGCAGCGCUGCCUGGCCUCCCGGAAAGGCAUCACGGCGGAGAACUUUGAGGAGGUGAAGAAGCUGUGUACGGAGACUCGCUUUGAGCGAGGGGUGAGGAAGGCGGCCCUGCUCAUGUACUGGAAGCUCAACCCUGACAAGAAGAAGAGGGUGGCUGUGUCGGAGCUGCUGGAGAACGUGGGCCAGGUCAACACUGACCCAGACGAGCCUGCCUCCCCAGGGCCCAUCUCCAGCUCCACCCAGAAACAGAGGAGGGUUCUGGAGAGCCUGGUCAGCAGUGACUCCAGUUUCGAUGUAGGUUUGGAUGACUUUGUGGAGAUCACUAAGAAGUACGCCCAGGGCAUCCCCCCCACUCCUGUCAUGGCAGGCACAGGGGGCGACAACGACGAUGAUGAUGAUGAUGAAGCUGUGAAGAAUCCAGACGAGCUGCCCCUUCACCAGAAGGUGCUGAAGUUUCCCCUCCACGCCCUGCUGGAGAUCAAGGAGCACCUGAUCGACUGGGCGUCGCGGGCGGGCAUGCAGUGGCUCAGCGCCCUCAUCCCCACGCACCACGUCAACGCCCUCAUCUUCUUCUUCAUUAUCAGCAACCUCACGGUGGACUUCUUCAUCUUCCUCAUCCCGCUGCUGGUGUUUUACCUGUCCUUCUUCUCCAUGGUCAUCUGCACGCUGCGGGUCUUUCAGAACUCGAAGGCGUGGGAGAACUUCCGGGCUCUGACAGACCUGCUAGCCCGCUUUGAGCCGGGUCUGGACCUGGAGCAGGCCGAGACCAACUUUGGCUGGACCCACCUGGAGCCAUACCUGUACUUCCUGGUGUCGGUGGUCUUUGUAGUCUUCUCCUUCCCUGUGGCGGACAAGGACUGGGUGCCCUGCUCGGAGCUGGCCACCGUGGCCCUGUUCUUCACCGUCACCUCCUACCUCAGCCUCCACGCCUCCGCCCAGCUGUUUGCCCGCCGCGCCCUGCUCACCGAGGUCCUCUCCGGGGCCUGCGCCCUCACCCGCCUCCUCCCCGAGUCCCUGUGGGCCCUGCGGGCGCUGGGCACCACCGUGGUGUCGGUGCCCCUGGGGGACAUGGUGUCUGUGAACCUGGGCCUGCCCUGGCUGCUGUACGCCCACCUGUUCUACCUGCUGUUCCGCAUGGCCCAGCUGCGGGGCUUCCGGGGCAUCUACCUGUGCCUGGUGCCCUACCUGGUGUGCUUCACCUGGUGCGAGCUGUGCCUGGUGCUGCUCCACUCCUCCUCGGCCCUGGGCCUCAUGCGCACCUGCGUGGGCUACUUCCUCUUCCUGUUCGCCCUGCCCGUCCUGUCGCUGGGCGUGGCCGCCAUGGUGCUGACCCAGCUGCUGCAGUGGUUCCUGGCCCUGGAGCUGGCCAAGAUGGCGGUGACGGUGACGGUGUGCGCCGUGCCAGUGGUGCUGCGCCUGUGGACGCGCUUCAGCCUCAACCCGCUGGCGGUGGCGCGCUCGCUGUCGCGCAGCAGCGUGGUCAAGCUCAUCCUGGUGUGGCUGAGUGCCGUGGUCAUGUUCUGCUGGAUGUACGUGUACCGCUCUGAGGGCAUGAAGGUGUACAACUCCACCCUCACCUGGCCCCAGUACGGCAACAUGUGCGGGCCGCGGGCCUGGCGGGAGUCCAACAUGGCCCAGACCCAGAUCCUCUGCUCCCACCUGGAGGGCCACCGGGUCACCUGGACCGGAAGGUUCCGCUACGUGCGCGUCACCGACAUUGAGAACGGAGCCCAGUCGGUCAUCAACCUGCUGCCCGUGUCCGUGGGCAACUGGAUACGCUGCCUGUACGGGGAGGCGUACCCGCCGUGCGACCAGGAGGCCGCCCCCGCCCCGCUCCCCGCCCCCAUGCCCCCUCCCCUCGACCCCCUCUGCAAGCUGAAGGCGCUGGCCAAGCACGAGUGCCACGUGAAGCGCUUCGACCACUACAAGUUCGAGGUGACGCUGGGCAUGCCCCUGGAGCGCACGGCCAGGAACGGCACGCUGGUGGAGGACGAGGACGCCACCAAGGACAUCGUGCUGCGGGCCAGCCACGAGUUUGGGCCCGUGCUGCUGCACCUGAGCACGGGCAGCCUGGUGGAGUUCAGCACGGUGCUGGAGGGACGGCUGGGCUCCAAGUGGCCUGUGUUCGAGCUCAAGGCCAUCCACUGCCUGACCGGCGGCGGCGGCGACGCCCGCGCGCCCAGCCGCCGACGCCAGUACAAGAUCGAGCACGACUGGCGGCGCUCGGCCCAGCGCGCGCUGCAGUUCGCCUUCGACUUCUUCUUCAGCCCCUUCCUGUCCGCCCAGCUGGAGCAGGAGGCGGACGGAGGCGCCGAGACUGAAGCGGGGGAGCAGGGGGGAGGGUAGGAGGGAGGGAGGCCUUGUAGCUGCCUGUCCUUAGCUGCUUGAACAGAUCUGAGAGAUCCCCCAAGUAGUGCUCUGCAGAAUGUAUAGGACAUCACUGUACACCGUGUGUGUGUGUGUGUGUGUGUGUGUGUGUGUGUGUGUGUGUGUGUGUGUGUGUGUGUGUGUGUGUGUUUGUGUGUGUGUUUGUGUGUGCGCGCGCGCGCGCUGGUGUGCAUGUUUUAUAGUGUGUCAAUGGAGCCAGAUCAUUUGAGGAGGAUAUACUGAAUAUAACGCCACUAAAACACACUACGCACUGUAGUGCUGUAGUACUGUAGCACUGUAUUACUGUAGUGCUGUAGCACUGUAGUACAGUAGCGCUGUAUUACUGUAGUGCUGUAGUACUCUAGAAAGUACAGUAGCCACUCAUACAGUACUCAUAACCGCUCAGACACAAACACACACUAAGCACUGCCCCCCCAGCCACAGCCACUGUGUAGUGUCCAGAUAUUUCAGAGAGAGUGUGUCGAACAAGCUACCUAACCUCAAAAGGAUCAGUCCAAAAUUCCAAAUACAUUACAGAUAAGGUAUCUAUAGUAGUCUCCCAUUCAUCAUGGAGUCCUUUUUUAUUUCCUGUUUGACUUAUGUUUGUUAGUAUACAUUGAAGUUUAAUUUUUUAUUAAAUUGUCAUGUCCUAAAUCAUUUGUUUCAAAUAUUUUUGAAAUGUUUUCUUAGUUAUUUUUUCUGUUUAAUUGCAGGUAAAUGCAUGGAAAUAAGUGCUGUAAACCUUAAACUAUUUUAUGGUUGGUGUCCUUUUUAAAAUGGGACACAAGGACACAUUUAGAUUGGUUUUUGUUGUUGUGGAGCUUGAAUUAUUAUUGUGGCUGUUUGGCACAACGCAUAUGUUGUGAAUGUCCCCUAAUUUAAGGAGGUCUCUUAAGUGCCUUGUUUUUCUACAACUAUUGGAAAUUCCAGUCAGCCUGUGCUUAUGGGGAAAUGUAGUUCAUUAGAGGGUCAAACUGUGGUCAAUUCACAAACAGGCUCGCCACUGUACUUAACACUAAGUGUGUUAGACUAAAUCAUGUUUCUCACCCAUAACUUUCUGCAUCUUAGCCCACCUAUUGAAAAGUGAUCUUGUGUCCAAUUGGAUUCCUUUGUGUGCCUUAUCUAUCGUUUCUGCAUGUUUCUGUACCUUCUCCUCAUCUUCCGUUUCCUUCUCCUCUUCCCCCUUCUCUCCUUUUUCCCUGCAGUGUGGGGUUUUGAUCACAUGAUUGUAGUCUUUUUCACUCUGCUGAGGUAAAUUGUGACAGGUUGUCACUACUGUAACCCUCUAUUGUGACCAAUAAAGUUGC